UAGGAGAGUAACAAGCGCGUCUUCAGCAUUUCUGUCUUUCCUGUCCAAUGACCCAACGAGUAAGCUGAGCCACGUGUGUGUAUUAGCAGUAUCUUUACUUGUCUUCAAACGUCAAUUUCCUUGUGUUUCAUUGAAACACACAACAGCACCAUGGUGAAGCUAGCAAAGGCAGCAAACAAGCAAGCAGCUCAGAAGAAAAAAGCUCCUCCACCCCCCAAAGAAGUGGAGGAGGAAUCUAGUGAAGAGGACAGCAGUGAGGAGGAAGAGACUCCUCCCCCUAAGGUGGUGAAAAAAGCCACACCAGCCAAAGCCACCCCAGCCUUUAAAAAUGGUGUUGCUGCCAAAAAAGCAGAGAGUGAAGAUGAUGAUGACGAAGAUGACGAUUCUGAGGAGGAGUCUGAAGAGGAGGCUCCCCCACCAAAAAAGACCCCAGCAAAAGCAACACCGGCUAAAGCAAAGGCAGCCCCUGCAAAGGCUGAGGAGUCGGACGAAGAGGACGAUGAUGAUGAUGAGGAGGAUGAGUCCGAAGAAGAGGCCCCACCACCAAAGAAAGCAGCCAAGUCUGCCGCUAAACCGGCAGCCAAGCCUGCUGCUAAACCUGCUGCCAAGGCCGCAGUGAAAGCUCAGCCUGCAAAGGAGUCAUCUGAUGAUGAGGAGGACUCAGAGGAAGAAGCCCCACCUCCCAAGAAGGCUGCUCCAGCUAAACCACCUGCAAAGGCCAAGGCUGCCAAAGAGGAGUCUGAAGAUGAUGAUGACGAUGAUGAUGAUGACUCUGAGGAGGAGAUGGACACCACUCCAGCUCCAGCAGCCACAAAGGCAAAGAAAGCAGGGAUGGUGAAGGCCAAGGAAGAGUCGGAAGAGGAGGAUGAUGAUGAAGAUGAUGACGAUGAAGAUGAUGACGACGAAGAAGAGGAAACCCCGGUGACUCCAGGAAAGAGGAAGGCAGAGAGCAAGAAGGACACACCUCCUGCCAAGAAGGCAAAGUCUGAUGGUGAAGGAUUCUGUCUGUUUGUUGGAAACUUGAACUACAACAAAGACUUUGAAGAAAUCAAAGGAUCCCUGAGAAAGUUUUUCUCCAAGAACAACCUUGAGGUCGCAGAUGUUCGGCUAGGAGGAUCCAAGAAAUUUGGCUAUGUGGAGUUUGCAUCUGAGGAGGACCUGCAGAAGGCACUGGAGCUUAACGGCAAGAAGGUCAUGGGUCAGGAGCUGAAGCUGGACAUGCCCCGAAGCAAAGAGAGCUCACAGGAGGGCAAGAAAGAGAGGGAUGCUCGGACGCUGUUUGUAAAAAAUCUUCCCUUCUCCGCUACGGCUGAUGACCUAAAGGAAGUCUUUGAGGACGCGGUUGACGUCAGGUUACCUCAAGGCCAGAACGGUUCAAACAGAGGCAUCGCCUACAUUGAGUUCAAAACUGAGGCUGAAGCUGAAAAGAUGCUGGAGGAGGCCCAGGGUGCUGACAUACAGGGAAGGUCCAUCAUGGUUGACUUUGUUGGAGAGAAGAGCCAGAAAGGGGCCAAGGUGGCAGCGUCAGGAGCAGCUAGCAAAACGCUGGUAGUGAACAAUCUGGCAUUCAGUGCCACCGAGGAAGUCUUACAAUCCACGUUUGAGAAGGCUGUCUCUAUAAGGAUUCCACAGAGGGACGGCAGACCUAAAGGUUUUGCUUUUGUAGAGUUUGAGAGCACAGAAGAUGCUAAGGAUGCCCUGGAUAACCUCAACAACACAGAAAUUGAAGGCCGGUCGAUCCGACUGGAAUACAGUCAGAACAGCGGCAGAGCAGAGGGGGGCAGAGGAAACUCAGGUCCAACAAAAACCCUCUUUGUCAAGGGUCUCUCUGAGGACACAACAGAUCAGACCCUCAAGGAAGCAUUUGAGGGUGCGGUGGCAGCCAGGAUAGUCACAGACAGAGACACAGGGUCAUCAAAAGGCUUUGGCUUUGUGGACUUUGACAAUGAGGAGGACUGCAAGGCAGCCAAGGAGGCCAUGGAUGAUGGUGAAAUUGAUGGAAGCAGGGUGACCCUGGACUAUGCCAAGCCUAAGGGUGAAGGUGGCUUCCGUGGAGGCCGCGGUGGUAGCAGAGGAGGUCGUGGAGGCUUUGGUGGCCGUGGUGGCUUUGGCGGCCGUGGAGGCUUUGGAGGAGGAAGAGGAGGCGGUCGUGGAGGUGGACGCGGACGUGGUGGCUUUGGAGGUGGAAGAGGAGGUGGUGGAUUUGGAGCCAGACCCCAGGGGAAGAAAAUCAAGUUUGAUGACUAAAUCCUUAGUCUGUUUUACUUUUUGAAUGGACUCUGGUUUCAUCGCUUUUCAGAGCUUUUGGACAUUCCAGAAAGCGUCACUGAUAUAUAUUUAACUGUAAACGGGCAUUUUAGCCCUUUAUUUAGUCCCCUAAAACCUUCCCCCACCCGUCUAUGCCAGACUGGUACUUUUUGACCUUUUCAGAUCGAGUGCUACAUGUUAGUACUGAAUGUCCCUAAUGCAAACCUGUUGCCCUCCUUAGCUUACUUGCUUUUCCGAAGUUGUGAAAUGGAACUGGUCUGGCAAACAAGUUUGCUGUGAAAAAAAUGCGCUCGUCUUUGUCAGAUCCAUUGUGUAAAUUUAAACAGUUUGUAUGAUUUUCAUUUUACCUUUUGUAAAAAAAAAAAAAAAUUUACACCUGUAUCCAUACGUUUGUUUUUAUUUUGUUUGUUUGUUUAGUUUGCUUUAGAUGCCAAGUUUUACUGUAAUGUGCAAAGCGUAUUUUGAUAGAAGAUUUAAGUCGGUGCGCUAGAGUCGGGUGUGAAGAGAGUUUGGCAGUGAUGUUCUGUCAUGUUUGUUCAGUGGGGGUCGGUGUCUGAGUCACAGAGGGUAAAAUACCUCUAUGUAUCAUAAAAUAUUUGUAGUGCAUUGACUAAUUUUUCCCCCCCAUCUGAAAAUCUCAAGAUUUUCAUGUGAUUAAAUAAAAUCUUCUAGGUGGUGAUUUUUAAA